UCUGGAGACAACAUUUUUGUAUGAUCCCGUUCGAGUUUUUUGAGCUAUUCGAUUAGCUAAAAGUCUUGGAUUUGAGCUAGAUGAAGAGGUACGAGCUGCAAUUGAUAAUGACGUGAAAGCUGCUAUCAAUCUUAAAUUCUGGAGGGAAACUAUUGGUCAUGAAGUUUAUCUUAUGAUGUCUUCUGCCAAGGACAAUCAACAUGAAUAAGAAUGAUUUGCGACAUGCAGUUAUUUUGGGAUGUCUUCAAUGUGGAUUCGUUGCCUCCAAACCCUGAUGUAUUGGAAACGUUUUGUGUUGCUUACAUGGAUGAUGCAUGGAGACUUAUGCAACGAGUUCGACUCUGUACCUUCAGUCAUGAGCAAAGGAGGCUCGCUUUGUAUGCUGCAUUAUUCCGGCCACUGUGUGAUAGGGCAUGCGUAGGCCAAGGUGCCGUCAAGUUAUUGUUUCAGAAGUCUCUCAUGCUAAAGUCCAGUGAUGGUGAAAAAGUUAGGAGUUUGCACUGGUACGCUCCCAUAUUCUCUGCCUUAUUUCCCUUGUUCUUGGCCAUUGUUGACCCAAAACCACCUCUAGCUGACUACUUUUGUGAUGGUGGUUAUGUAACUGUUUUCACCCUCGAUGAAAUUUCUUUGAGCCUUCGAGUAAAGUCAGGUAUGAUUUUGCAUGUAAUUGGAGAUCUUUGGUUUGUUCUAUUGUUGCUGUCAACACUGUUGUACCGAUCCACUGAUGAUGCCACUGCAGCAACUUGUUAUUUGGAGGACCGCCUCGAUAUAUUUCACGAAGUUAAGGGUCUUAUUAAAAAUAUGUGUCUGGAGAAUAUUUGGAAAGACAAACCACUGCUCAAUGGAACAGAUAUCCUGGAUAUGUUUUACAUUGUAAAUGGGCCGCUUGUUGGGCGAAUGAAGAUAAAAGGGCUCCAGUGGCAGCUUGCUCAUCCCUCGGGGACUGCUGAAGAUUGUGGGAAUUGGAUGGGGAAACAAUUUCCAUUAUUUUUGAAAGAAAGAAGCUCAAGUUAGGGUGUCGUAUUUCGCCUCUUUCCAGUUGGGGAAGAAAAUUACCUGUAUAUCAAGAGCUUGCUGAAUUGGAGGAGGAAGUCGUCUGAGAGAACCACUGGGCGUUUUAAGGAUAUUCUGAAAUGAACAAUUUCUUUUACUUUGUCUUUUUCCCCCAGUAACCGAAACUUUUAGUAUGGGGUCUAUGGAAAUGGUUGUUUUUCCUAUCACUCUUCUUUUCCCUUUUUAUGUACCUUAUCGUCUGGAGCAGUAGUGGAACGGUUCCCUUCUAUCACCGUUCCUUUUGUUUAUG